CAUUCACAGGUGAAAAACACAAAGGAUACCUGACCUCCAAUAUGAGUGUUUCUGGGGAACAGGACACAAAGAAAGAUGAGAGUCUGAUUCAGGGUAAGAGAUCAGACUCACCUGAACCCAGCUGUGUGUCCAUGAAGAGUGACUGGUCAGUAGAGCGUCCACUAAACUUUACAGACACAGACUGUGCUCCUGAUCUGAGACCACAGAAGAACAAAUCAAAAAUCACUGAGAAUUUUCUUUCUGUUUCAUAUCAGGAUCUGGAGGACAAAUUCAUCACUGUGAUAAAGAAGGAGCUGAAGAGGUUUAAGAAGCUCCUGAGUCCAGAUUACCUAGCAUGCUCUGACAGCGAGGUGGAGGAUGAGAAGGAUCAGAGCAGUGUCAGAGAGGGAGUGCUGAAGAUCACACUGCACUUCCUGAAGAACAUGAACCACAAAGAUCUCACUCACACACUGAAGAACAAACUUGUCUUUGUGUACCAGCAAAAACUCAAAUCCAAACUGAGAGAGAAAUGUAAAAGAAUUAAUGAAGGAAUCUCCCAGCAUGGAAGCUCAGCAUUUCUGAAUGAGAUCUACACAGAGCUCUAUAUCACAGAGGGUUGGAGUGGAGACAUCAAUAAGGAACAUGCGGUGAGACAGAUUGAGGCAGCGUCCAGGAGACCAGCUACACAGGAGACACCCAUCAAAUGUAAUGAUCUCUUUAAAGACACAUCCAUCAGAAGUGUGUUGACUAAAGGAGUUGCUGGAAUUGGAAAAACAGUCUCUGUACAAAAGUUCAUUCUGGACUGGACUGAAGGAAAAGCAAAUCAGGACAUCACCUUCAUGUUCCCACUUCCCUUUAGAGAGCUGAAUUUGAUGAAGCAGAAAACUCUCAGUCUGAUGAAUCUUCUUCAUCACUUUUUCCCAGAAAUGAAAGAAUUGCGACUAAUAGACUGCGAGAUCAACAAAGUCCUGUUCAUAUUUGAUGGUCUGGGUGAGUGUCAACUUCCUCUAAAUUUCCAGAACAAUGAGACAUUGUGUGAUGUGACAGAGUCGGCCUCAGUGGAUGUGCUGCUGACAAACCUCAUCAAGGGGAAUCUGUUUCCCUCUGCUCUCCUCUGGAUAACCUCUCAACCAGGAGUAGCCAAUCAGAUCCCUCCUGAGUGUGUAGACCAGGUAACAGAGGUACGAGGGUUCAGUGACCCUCAGAAAGAGGAGUACUUCAGGAAGAGGAUCAAUGAUCAGAGCCUGGCCAAUAACAUCAUCACACACAUGAAGUCCUCAAGAAGCCUCUACAUCAUGUGCCACAUCCCAGUCUUCUGCUGGAUCUCAGCCACUGUUCUCGAGAGAAUGUUGGGUGAAGCAGAGAGUGGAGAGAUCCCCAAGACUCUGACUCAAAUGUUCACACACUUCCUGAUCUUUCAGAUCAAACACAAAGACCAAAAGUACCGUCAGAAAUGUGAGCCUGAUCCUCAGCAGACCAGAGCAAGUAUCCUGGCACUGGGAAAACUAGCUUUCCAACAGCUGGAGAAAGGAAACCUGAUCUUCUGUGAGGAAGACCUGAGAGAGUGUGGCAUUGAUGUGAGAGAAGUGUCAGUGUACUCAGGAGUGUGUACCCAAAUCUUCAGAGAGGAGUUUGGGUUUCACCUGGGGAAGGUGUUCAGCUUUGUACAUCUGAGUGUUCAGGAGUUUCUGGCUGCUUUAUAUGCAUUUCUGUCCUUCCUCAGCAGAAAUGUAACAGAACAACAAACCACUGAUCUGUCGGAUCUUUUCAGCAAGUCAUGCAUGUCUGAUUUCCUCAGGAGUGCAGUGGACAAGGCCUUACAGACUGAGAAUGGACACCUGGACCUGUUCCUCCGCUUCCUUCUGGGUCUCUCACUGGAGUCCAAUCAGACUCUCUUACGAGACCUACUGCCCCAGACAGGAAGUAGCUCUCACAGCAAACAGGAAACAGUCGAGUACAUUAAGGAGAAGAUCAGGGAGAAUCCAUCUCCAGUGAAAUCCAUCAAUCUGUUCCACUGUCUGAAUGAACUGAAUGAUCAUUCACUAGUGCAGGAAGUACAAAGUUACCUGAACAGAAGAGUUUAUGCCCCUCUCAGUGGAGUCAGACUCUCUCCUGCUCAGUGGUCAGCUCUGGUGUUUGUGUUACUGAACUCAGAACAGGAGCUAAAUGAGUUUAGUUUGAGAAAAUAUGACCAAUCAGAGGAAUGUCUUCUGAAGCUGCUACCAGUGUUCAAAGCCUCCAGAAAAGCUGAUCUAUUCACCAAAGCCCAAAAGUCCAGAAAAUCCAAAGUUUGUGAAAAAGCAAAAAUCCACAAAAGAAAAAUACAAAACACACAGGAGAUACAAGAAAAACAUUCUGUCCUCAGUUCAAACUCCUCCAAACUGAGAGAACUGAACCUGAGUUACAAUAACCUGCAGGAUUCAGGAGUGAAGCUGCUCUCUGCUGGACUGGAGAAUCCACACUGUACACUGGAGAUACUGGAAUUGGAGCUCUGCAGUAUUACAGGUGAAGGUUGUGCUGCUCUGGUUUCAGUUCUGAGGUCAAACCCCUCAUCACACCUGAGAGAACUGAAUCUGAACUACAAUAAACCAGGAGGAUCAGGAAUGAAACUGCUCUCUGAUCUACUGAAGGCUCCAUACUGCACACUGAAGAAACUACAGUUCAGGACUGAUCUCUCAUCUGAACAUUAGCUGAAGCUGUUAUGUCUCUGUGAUUUUAUAGAUUGUACUGUUUUUAAAUUAAGACAUGAGUAGGCAAGGGUGGACUGAAUCAAAAAUUCAGGCCAGGAAUUUGACUCCAUCCAAGGCCACCCUGUUCACACAAACAACCAGACAGUUAAUUCUAUCAGCUAACCAUGGACAUCAUUUUGGUUUGAAAAAUGCUGGAGACACAGAUGGGACUUUCCAUGAUCAUCUGCCACUGGCCUAUUGCAUUGUCUGUCUCAGCUAUUACAAUGAGCAUAACCUGAAUACAAAUGUGACACAUUUCAUAGGUUACUGGCAUUGUGUAGGACUUUAAAAUGUUUAAACAUGUUAAAAAUAGCAAAGUCAAGUGCAAAUUUCAAGUCUUUGAAACUGAUCAUCUUUAAAAAGAAAACAAGCACAUAUUUAGUAACAUUACUUUUUAAUCAAAAUCGAACAAUUAGAUUCAGAGUUAUCAUAAUUUAAAGUUCGAUAAUCAGGAGGGUUCUUUGGAACUGUGACCUGGUCAUCGUCGUUGGCUGUCCAUCACUAGCAGUGACGACUGCUUUACUGUCAUGCUUUAUGUCAUCUACAUACAGCAGUUCUCACAUGCAAACUUGCUGAUUUUUGGUUGAGGACUUGAGUCUGUCAAGAUUGAAGAGUUUGCCUUCCAAUUGAGUUCUGACGUAGACGCCUUUAUCUAGGUUAGUGCCCAUAGACUCUAUGACUGCUGUAAGGUAGACUAUAAACAAUGUUGGGGCAAGAGCACAUCCCUGUUUGACACCAUGAUUGACAGGAACAGCUUCACUAAUGUCUUCUCCGAUCAAAACCUUCCCAGACAUGUUCUCAUGGAAGAGAUUAAAGGAUAUAUGCAGAACCUUUAUUUUUAAGUACAUUUCUGAGUGGAUAGUAUCUCCAUCCUUGACUUUUGUAUGCUGCAUAAUUGGGAAUAAAAAAUAUAUAUUUUUGAGAGUUAAAAUAGACCACAAGGUUGGCAUUCGAGCUGCCCCACUGAGCCAGCCAGCCCUGGGUAGGUGACGUCACAGCGGUAACCGGUGCUAUAGACCAAAGCCAGACUCAGCAGGCGAGAGUGGUUGCAAUGGCCUCUUCUUUCUGACUUAUUUGAGAUUCUUUGGAUUCCUCAGAUAGCAAUACAUCAGACUGUGAUAGUCCUGAAAUUGGAGCGUGUGUACAUGCUACUGCUAUACGCGUAGACCCAUAUCAGCUCGAACCAUCGGAAAGUGAAUCCGAUAGUAACACGUCGGCCACGGAGGCCCCCACCUUCCGAAAUAAAGCCAAAGAACAAAGCCAUCUAGAGAAUUGGUUGGAAUUGAACUGACAGUCUCAUGUGAUUCUCAUUAAAACAGGACAGGCAUUAUAACUUAUGCAACAUACAUGUACAUGCAUGAAUUUUCACUGAUAAAAUAUAAAAGGCUAAUUAAAUAAUCAGAUUAACUGUGACAAUCACAUUCUGAAGCAAAUUAAAUAAUCGUAUACCGCUAACUUAAAUGCACAAUACAAGUUACAUGUAUUAAUUUAAAUUCAGGUAAACAAUGAGUGUUGUUUUUGUAAUGUAACCAAAUGAGAGUCACAUCUUACCCAUCUGUGUUCUCGCUUUUGAAGGCCAGGCCUGUGACCGAUUGUUCUGAAACAAUCUGAAUUUUAGUUCUUCGCUCAUUUGCUUCUUCCACAUAAGGGCAAGAUAUUGCUGCUGAGGCAAGCAUAUCCAGCAUGGGGGGGGGAAAAAAGAAAGAGCAUAUCCAGUGGAGAAGUCUGAUGACUGAUUCACUCAUUCUCCAUACUGAGUACUCUGCCAUUACUGCUCGGCUCACACUCUGGGAGAACUGGUGCAACUGAACUUAUUUUCCUUUUCUUUUAGUCUUCUUUUCUUAAUUGUUGGUACUGCACCCUCUUUCAAUACGGGCUUAUAGCCAAUGCUCCUCAACAGAUCAGAGGUUUCGUACGUGUCCUCAGUAACAUGUGCAGAGCAGAGGAGAGACCACUUCGUAGGCGCCCAAUCUGUGAAUUUCUCACAAACCGCGUCCAAAUCUUUGCAGUUUGAACAUUCUUGGACCAUGAAUGCAACAUAAAUCCACCUUCUGUCAUGUUGCUGCACCCUCCAGCAACACAUCUACGUGGCAUGGUGAUAAAUUAGCUCAAAAUGGAGGAUCGGAGUUGCAGUCAGCUCUGUGUUUUAGUAUAGCAGAAAUGGCGAUGAGACUGAUUGACUUCCUGCUGUGACAUCACGGACGUCAAGGUCAUUCACUCAGACCGCUACCUAUAAGAAUAAUUUUAAUCGUAAAAAAAUUACUAUGUUAGAUUUAUUGUUAAUGCUUAAAACUAUUCCUAUGCCAUUCUUGAGGUCUCAAGGCAUUUAUAAACUAAAAAUGAGGCCAUGGUUCUGCAUAUAUGCUUUAAUGAGCAGUCUUUCCGGGCAUCCAUACACUUCUAGUAUCUUCCAAAGCAUCUCUCGGUCAGUGGUGUCAAAGGCCUUUGAAAAGUCUACAAAAACCAUGUAUAGAGGUUGACAUUGCUUGAUGGCUUUCUCUUUGAGUUGUCUCAGAGUAAAGAUCAUAUCUGAAGUUCAGCUGCCAGCCCUGAAACCACACUGACUUUCUGGAAGUACAUCUUCUGAGAUUUUUAAUUCGAUUUAGAACUAUCUUGGCCAGAAUGUUGCCUGCAAUGGAAAGCAGAGAGAGGCCACAUUGGUUUUCAUAUUUGCUCCUUUCUUUUUGUAGAUGGUCACAAUUAGUGUAUCUUUUAUAAAGGAAAAUUUUUAUCUUUUAGACAAUUCUUAUGACUUUAGUGAUCUUUAGAAAAGUAAGCUUCAGAGACACUGUAUAGGGGAAAAAUAUAAUUUUUAGAGAAUCUGUGCCUCUCAGAUUCUUAGAAGGUCAGACACUGUCUCCUGUUUAUAAAAGAUGAAAAAUGUUGUGUUCUAUUUUCUAGGGUAUUGUAAACAUGUGUACAGUGGGGCAAAAAAGUAUUUAGUCA